CCCUCCCCAGGUACCAUGUCCACCCGGCGGCUCCGCAGCGAGGACUACAAUGACUACAGCUCCACGGACGUCACGCCGGAGGGGAGCCCACCUGGGGGCAUGAAUGGUUUUGGCCACCCUGAGUCCUACCAGCGCUUUGGGGAGACCAACGGGACAACAUGGUACCAGACCUUGAUCCACCUCUUGAAGGGGAAUAUCGGCACAGGCCUCCUGGGGCUGCCUCUGGCUGUGAAGAACGCGGGCAUCUUGUUGGGGCCUCUGAGCCUGUUUGUGAUGGGAAUCGUGGCUGUGCACUGCAUGAGCAUCCUAGUGAAAUGCGCCCAUCACUUCUGCUACAGAUUCCAGAAGCAGUUUGUGGACUACGGGGGUGCCGUGAUGUAUGGCCUGGAGUCAACUCCUAGUGCUUGGCUUCGGACACACGCCGUCUGGGGAAGGCGUGUAGUGGGACUUUUCCUGAUCCUCACUCAGCUGGGUUUCUGCUGCGUAUACUUCGUCUUUCUAGCUGAUAAUCUAAAACAGGUCGUAUCUGCAGCAAACGGUACCACCAACGACUGCAGCCCAAACAAAACUGUGGCCUUGACCCCUACAAUGGACUCCCGGCUCUACAUGGUUUCUCUGCUGCCUUUUGUGGUGCUGCUCACGUUUAUCCAGAAUCUCAAGGUCCUGUCCAUCUUCUCCAUGCUGGCCAACGUGGCCAUGCUUGGCAGCCUCAUCGUGAUCUACCAGUACAUCAUCAGGGGCAUUCCCGAUCCCAGUGACCUGCCUCUAGCAGCAGCCUGGAAGACCUACCCGCUGUUUUUUGGCACUGCGAUCUUUGCCUUUGAAGGCAUUGGAGUGGUAUUACCUCUGGAAAACAAAAUGAAGAAUCCCCAGCACUUCCCAGUGAUCCUCUACGUGGGGAUGACCAUCGUCACAGUCUUGUACAUUAGCCUGGGCGUCCUGGGGUACCUGCGCUUCGGAGCAGAAAUCCAGGGCAGCAUAACGCUCAACCUGCCCAACUGCUGGUUGUACCAAGCCGUGAAGCUGCUCUUCUCCUUUGGCAUUUUCUUCACGUACGCUGUGCAGUUCUACGUGCCCGCCGAGAUCAUCAUCCCUCCUGUCAUCGCGCGAGUCUCGGAGCGCUGGGGGUUGCUGGUCAACCUGCUGCUCCGGACAGCCCUGGUUGGCAUCACCUGUGUGCUGGCCAUCCUCAUCCCGCGCCUCGACAUCGUCAUCUCGCUGGUGGGCUCCGUGAGCAGCAGCGCGCUGGCUCUCAUCUUCCCCCCGCUGCUGGAGAUCGCCACCUUCUACUCCGAGGGACUGCACCCCGUGGUCAUCAUCAAGGAUGUUGUGAUCAGCCUUUUCGGCUUCGUGGGUUUUGUGGUCGGCACCUACGAGGCUCUGGUGGAGCUGGCUACUCCCUCCGUGGUUGUGAAUGCCACCAGCACCUUUGUGCAGUGAUGGGCCCCCGGCCCUGCGCGCCUCUGGAAGCUGUGCCAGAGCCUGGUAACGCACUGGGGCUGGCCUUUGCCACUGCCCUAGGGACUUUUUUUCCCCCUCUUCUUGUAAAAUAUGGUUAUUUUGGUCUGUGCGAAAGAGGCUGAGCUGCUGAUGAGACACUAAGCCUCUGAUGCUGCCCACCCAUCCCUGCCGCCCGCCUCGGGGUGCAGCAGGGUUUCUGCCGGCUUCUAGAGCCGGGGGAGGUGAAGUCCGGCCUGUGGCUGGGGUAGUGCCUUCCUCAGGGCAUUUGCUGGCAGGGGGAUAGUAAAAACAACCCCCCUUGCCACCCAUGUAUAUAGAGCCACUUUUUAAGGGACAAGGAUCUAGAUUUUGCUUUUAUUAUUUUUAAUUGCAGCCUUCCUGUGUUUCCACUUUGUCUCAGUAAGGGAGGGAACAGGGACUGCUUUUCUC